AUGUUCAUUUUAUAUAAUAGAAAAUUUAAAAAUUUAUUUAUUGAUAUUAGUUCAAUUAUAAUUGAUUUAACUAAUUUAGGUGAACAUUUUUAUAUUUAUUUUUUAACACAUCAAGCUAAUUUAAAUAAACAUGAUGAACGUAUUUUUUUUUAUAUUCUAUUUGCUAUUGGUACAAUUUUUAUUCUUGAAUCAUUAACAUUAAAUCCUCGUCUACGUUUAUUAAUAUCAUUAAUUAUUGAAAUUGGUGAAUUAUUUUCUUAUCUUCUUGUAUUUAAAGGUACAUUAUUUGGAAUAAAUAUUAGUUAUUUUGGUAUUGAUGAACAUUCAUUAAUAUUAAAAUCAAAUACUUUAACAUUAGUUGCGUAUAUAUUUUUUAUAUUUGAAGCAUUACUUUUAAUAAUUUCAUUUUUUCUUAUUGAUCCUGAACAUAAAAAACGUAUGUGGACAAUACGUUUAUGUGGAGUUAUAUGUCGAUUAUUUUUAUAUAUUAUUCUUAAUUUAAAUCAAAUAUUUUUUUUAUUUUUAAAUUCACAAUCUCCUUAUCAUAAAAUAUAUUUUGAAAUAUUAACAACAUUAAGUUUUUUUCUUGGUGCUUUAUGUGUUGAUGUAUCAUUAGAUAUGAAAAAUAAAUUUUUAAAUGAAAAUGAUAAUAAUGAUAUUAAAAUGGGAAAUGCUCUUAGUCAACCUGUCUUAUCAAAAUUUGACUUCUUUUAUAUAUUAAUAUGUCAAUAUACACCCAUUAUUAAAAGUUCAUAUUCGCCUAUUUCCAUUUAUUGGUAUAUAAUUUUAUUUAUUAUCAAUAUAUUUAUUUUACAACCGAUUACAUUAGUAACAAUGUUUAUAUUUUCAACAAGAGAAUUAAAAUUACAUUUUCAAAGUAUAUCACGUUAUGAUCGUGGUAUUUACGUUUAUUCAAUUAUUUCUGCUACAAUAUUAUUAAUUAUUAUUAUUCUUAUUUUGAUCAUGAUUCUAUACUCCUUGAUUAGAAUAAGAAAAUUAAAUAUAAAAAUUAAACCACAAAACGAAUUUAUUACUAGAUUUUAG